AGUGUAGCAGCUCUUGUUUGUAUAUUUAUAUGACUACUUUGGAAUUGGAUUACUAAACGGUAGACUAUGGAUUUGGUUGCCAGCAUAAAUAGUAGCACCAGUACAGAGUGGCAACGUACUGGCCGCGGAGACAAUGAAAAGCUUUUAGCUAUGUUCGUUCUUGGUCUCGGGAGUCUUUUGUUCGGAAUGAUUCCCGCCAUAAUUUCGGAACGGAAUCGUCAACGAUUUCCACUUGUAACUUCGCUGCUACUAUGCUUCGGUGGGGGCGUGUUGCUUGCCACAGCCCUUGUUCACAUUUUGCCGGAGGUACGUCGUCAAAUGGAGUCAGAUUUCGCCGAAGUUUCUAUGUGCGCCGGCUUCUUCAUUGUUUAUUUUAUCGAUGAAUUUAUAAAUUAUUUUUGUGGCGGGGCCACGCACCAUCAGCACGCUCAAUUUGUUAACUCAUCAAGUGAAACAGUUUCUACAAGAACACCCACUUCGACUCAGAGCUAUGGAGCAGUCGAUGAACGUGAACCCUUGCUAGCUUCUGAAGUGGCGUCACAUCGCAAUGAGAACGGUAAUAAUGAUCCGAUGAGCUCAACUUAUAUAUGCGAUGUACCCAGAGUUGAGCAUCUAAAUAUGCCCACAAGCCACAUUAAUCACCAAGAGCCGUGUGUGCAAUCAAUGACUGGUACUUUGGGUCUCUUUGUGGCCUUAUCCAUGCAUGCGGCCAUAGAAGGCUUGACAAUCGGGGUGCAAAAUUCUGCAACAAAGGUGCUUUUUUUGCUUGGCGCUGUGGCUUGCCAUAAAUUUGUUAUGGGAUUUUGUCUGGGCCUAGAGUUGCGUUCAAGUACGAGUAUUCGCUCCCAAUUCUUUGGUGUAUUAGUGUUCGCUUUUGGAGCCAUUCUUGGCAUUGGCAUAGGCAUGCUUAUCGUGGAAUUGCCCACUGGGUGGUCUAAAAUGAGUCUUCCAAUUAUUCAGGCCUUGGCUGGUGGUACACUUUUCUACGUCACAGUCUGUGAAGUGAUUCCUCGUGAAAAGGCACGCUGGCAUCAGAAUACAGGGAGGAGCGCGGCGGGACUUGCGCAGUUUGCUUCUGUUGGCACAGGCUUUACAGCAAUGUGCAUAAUAAACUUUUAUCUCUCGGAUGGUGAUUAGAAAUAUCUCUUUUGUAAUGUUUUUUUUUAAUGUUCUUGCAAAUAUUAUGUUUUUAUAUAUUUAUGUACCUUAAAAGAUAAUGUUUUUAUCCAUUUAUGUAUGAACCUAGCCAUAAAUCCAUAGCCCAACUCACAAA